AUGAAUGAGAAAGGAUUGAUGUUUUAUGAUUUUGAAUGUAUAUUGAAAUAUUUUAAUCACUAUUUAUUAUUUGUUUAGAUGAGAAGAUUGUUUUUGUUCAUAAAUUUGUAUAUCACAAUGGAGUUAUUGAUCUGUAAAGAUGAGAUGGGACUCACAUUAUAAAUUGAUAAGUCUGUUUAGAUACCAGAAUACAAUUGUACUCUAAAUGUAAGCAAUGAAAAAUUAAUGAAUAUGACAUCUUUGGGUGGCUAACUUAUAGUAAUAGGAACUGAAUUACUUUUGACAUAAACAGUAACAUUGGUUGGAUUCAAAGUAGUUGAAUUCUAGAACAUCACAAUAGACACAUUAACAGACUCAAUAAACAUCAUUGGGUAAGCUUUACUAUAGAAUGUCACACUCAUAAGAAAUUACCAAAUUAAGAGUACUAAAAUGAAGAUUCAUGGAUGUAAGAUAAUAGGAAUGACAUUUUAAAAUAGGACAGUCUUUCAAUCUCCAAUAGAUGUUGAUGGAUUAUUAAUUUCAGAUUGCACUUUUUUUAGAAGUUAACUAAGUUCAUAAAUGACCUACUUAAGAAACGUCAUUGUUGAUUAAGUGAGUUUUAUCAAUUCUACUUUAUCACCUUAAACUUAUUUGAACAUAUUCACUCUCAAUAAUUCAUUUUUGGUUUAAAGCAUUUUGAUUGAAACAGAUAUCUCAUAAUAAAUCACUAUUCAAAAUACCUACUUAACUCUCUCUACUGCUAUUCUAGCCAAGGGAGCACUCUAUACUACAAUCCUUAAUGUUACUUUAUCUUAAAGUAUUUUGAUACUUCUCUCAAGUGAAAACUAAAUCAAGCUUUCUACUUUAAAUAUUCAUCGAGUAAUAUCAGAUUCCCAAUUGAUAAUUGCCUAAAGCUAAUAUGUCUCCAUAUAUAAUAGUACCAUUACAGAAAUUGAGAGCAAAGCGUUAUUCUCUUUGAAUAGUACCAAUAUCUUUCUACAAUAAAUAACCAUCUCCUCAUUGGUUGGCUCAUUAUUGAUCUCCCCUACUAAUCAAACUGGUGUCAUACUUAAUUAUUUCACUAUCUAAAAUAGCUCAAUUAGAUGUCUAUUCUAAAUUAAUGGAACCUUAUCGCUUUCAAAAGGUUAAUUCAAUUCCCUAUUUGGACUACUUAUUUAUUCAUAAACCAUUACAGAAUUAAAUAUUGAUUAAGUUCAAUUUUAAUAAAUCAAUAAGUCCACUCUAAUCAACUUAAAAGAAACCUCACUUACUUAAUUAACAAAUAUUAUCAUUCAAGAUUGUUCCUCCAUUUAUAUUGCUAAAUUACAAACUGUGAUAUCCAUAUUGAUCAGAAAUCUUACAAUCAACAAUUGUAAUGAAUGUAACUUCUUGACUUUAAAUGCCUCCUAAGCAGAUCUUAAUCAUAUCAAAGUAUUUUAAAUCAGCAACUUUCUAAGUCCAUUAAUUUAUGCACAAGAAACUGAUAUAAAUAUUAAAGGAAUGUAUUUGAAUACUAUCUCUCAUAACAAUAAAGAUUUCAUUACUCUAUAAAAUUGUAAAAAAUUGAUCUUUAAUGAUCUACAAUUUACAGAUAUUGAUUGUCCAUAUUGUACUGGAAUUUUUAUCAUUACAUAGAGUGAUCAAAUUGAAAUAUCAAAAUCAAUAUUUAAAAAUACGUAAUUACUCUCAGGUUUUAUCAAUAUCCAAGAUUCCAUUAAUUUUGUUGGCAACAAUAAUACUUUUAAAAAUAUUACAGCUAAUUUAGGAUCUGCUUAUGUAUUAUCAAAUGUAGCAAUUAAAAUUUAUGGAAAUCAAUUCAUUGACCUUACAUCUCUAGAAGGAGGAGUUAUCUUCUUAAAUUAAACAUCAGAAUUAUCGAAUUACAUUUAAUAAAAUCUUUAUAACAACUGCUCUAUGAAAACAAGCAAAUAAAUUUUUCUAAUUACUGAUUAAAUAUUAGAACCUGAUAUCUUAACUUAUGUGGCAGGACCAGUUUAUUUAGUUUUGAAUAAUGAUACUUAUUUAUUUGAUGAUUUAAUAAAAAAAAAGCAGAUAAUACAUAUAAAAAACUAUAAGAGUGGAUAGUAAUUAGAUUUGAGAAUAGCAAUAUUAGAUAGUGGAUAGAAUAGAAUUUGCCAUUAUAAAAAUUCCCUAGAGAUAUAAAAGAAUAUUUUUUAAUUUAACUAAUUGUAAUGUUAAUAUGAAGUACAAUAUUGGCAUUAUUAAUAAUUGCCAAAAAAUGAAACAAUAUAGAUGAUGCUUGAGUUUAAAUCUUUAAAGUUUUAUAAUGAUACAUUUAAAUUAGUAGUAUUUUUGAAUCUCAUAUAAUGUGAGAUUGGGGAAGAAUGGGAGAAUAAAUCAUGUCUUAGAUGUCCAAUAGGAUCAUAUAGUUUGGAUAAUUUCAGUCCUUGUUAAUAAUGUAUAACUUAAAUAGAAUAAUGUCCUGGAGGAUCAGAAUUGAUAGUAAAAUAAGGAUAUUGGAGGGCUAAUAAGAGUACAGAUAGUAUUGAGUAUUGUUAAUUAUCAUUUGGUUAAUGUUUAGGUGGAUCAGAUGAAUUUACUUGUAGUUAAGGUUAUAAUGGUGCUUUAUGUAAUGAUUGUGAUUACUAUGGAAAACAUUGGAAUCAUUCUUAUACUCGUAGUUGGGGUGGUAGUUGUACUUAUUGUGAGAAUGAUGUUUUUAAUAUAUUCAAGAUCAUUUUCUCAUUCUCUUGGAUUCUAAUAGCUUUAUUCAUAUCAAUAAGAGGAAGUUUGAGAUUAAUUAGAGCAUAAUUGUCAGCUCAUUAUUUAAGAAUGAUGGGGAUAUUCUUUGCUACGAGAUCUAAUAUGGUAAUAGAUUAGACUGAAAUUUUAAUUAAACUAUUUUCCAGUUACUUUCAAUUGAUUUCAAUAGUUUAAGUUAUUGAUUUUGAUUUCCCUACACCUAUAGAAAUCAUUGCCUAAGCAAUUGGUAAUCCCUUAUCUACUUUAGGGUAUUCUAUUGAAUGUUUCUUAUUGAACUCACAACUUUAAAUAGAAAUUGUAUAUUUAAGAUAAAUCUGGAAUUUAUUUGUUUCACUUUUAUUUGUGUUCUCUUUUGUAUUCAUAUACUCUCUCAUUCAAUUAUGUAAAUAAAAAUCGAUGGAGAAUUCAGUCAAAACAAUUCUAAUCACCUGUCUAAUUUAAGUUAACUUCUAUUUUUAAGGAGAUAUCAUUGAAGGACUAUUACAACUUAUGUUUUGUAUCAAAGCCUCAGGAUAAUACUACAUUUAAGCAGCAACAUCUUAUAUGUGUUAUACAGAAGAAUAUUACCUAUACCUAAAAAUACUUAUUAUACCUACCUUGAUUUUGGUUGGAAUUGUAUCUCCUCUCUUUUAUAUCAUCAAAUUAUUUAAAAAUAGAACUUAACUAUGGACUUGUUAAUUUCGUAUGCCAUAUGGAUAUCUAUAUGUGGAAUACAAAGACAAUUAUUAUUACUGGGAAUUCGUUUGUUUCUUCAUUAAAUCUUUAUUUUAUCUAUUAGAAACACUUUUAAUCUAAGACAUCAAACUAAUGUUUCUAUUUGCUAUACUUAUUCUACUUAUCUAUUUAGAAUUACUCAAUAAACAUCAUCCUUAUAUUGAAAAAUAAUACAACUUUAUUGAUAAAAUCUCAACAUAAUUAGCCAUGGUCACACUCAUAUUAUCAUACAGUUAGGACAAAAAUCAAUAUAUCUCAUUGGUUUAUAUUCUAUCAAUAUUAUGUUCUGUGUUGAAUCUACUCUAUUGUACCUAUAUAUUAUCCAAGAUUGUAAGAGAAUAUUUAUCAAGUCUAAAAACAUAACAUAUUGAAAUAAUUGUUAAUCUUAUGAUUCGUUAUCCAUGUGUUAAAUAUUGUAUUAAAAAACCCAAGAACUAUCAUAGUAAAAGAAAGGCUUGUUACUUAUGGAAGAAGGUUAGAAUAUAUGUAAUGGAAUUCAUUGAGAAAUUGAAAUUAUAGAAAUCAAAUAAUAAUCUUAAUUAAGAUUAUUAGAUUUAAUAAAGCACUCUUAGACCAAACACUUCAUCAACAAAUACAUCAAUAAGUUUGCUUAAUUCAAUGGCACCAUAAUUAUUAAAAUACAUGUAUAGUAAUGAUAAAUAAUAGAAAACACAAUAAGAAUAAUUCACGAUUAUCUAAUGAGAUAGAAAGUAAUUCAUCUAAAAAGAAUUUGGAUUAGAAUGAUUUUAGCAGUGUUGUAUCAGCAUAUAUAGAUCCAAACAAUAGUGUUCAUUCUGAAACACCGAAGCUUCCAAAAAAGAGUACUGUAUCAAGCAUUUUUUCUUAUUUAGUCAACAAUCAUGGGUAGGUCCCAUUGUGA